CUAGCUUGAUGAUUCAAAAUUCUACUAGAUUAGACUAGUUUGCUGUUUAGACAUUGUCGAAGGUAACAUUAAAUCUUAACAUGACUCAUAAUAACUUUAAGUACUAUUGUACUUCUCAUUUUUCCACUUCUGUAGAACAACGGUGAUAACAAACACUUAUAAAGUGAAAGUGACCUUGUAAACUUCCUUUUAAAUGUCUUCAUCAUCGCCCAUGUGAAAUAACUGUUUUUGCGGUUUGAUUUUUACUUUUCUUACUUCGGUCAUCCUUUUGUCAGUUUUGAUGUAAUCCUGAGACUAAUGCAUGGUAAUUGGUUACAUAUAAUUUUAUAAUUUUUUAAAGCGCAGAAUUCUUUUACAGAAAUGUCAGGUUGAACAGACAUUUCACCCAUUUUGAGUGUCUUAUAGUGAAAUGGCCCUGUUCAUCUUAAUCACCUUUCAGCUUUUACUGCAGGUUAAAUCACAGGGUUUGCCGCAGGCCAACCUGACAAUAUUUCCUACAUUUGCCACCAAUGGAGAAAAGGUGCAGAUGCUCUGUGGAGGUCAUGAGAAUCAGCAUGUGUCUGAAUGCAUGUUCUAUCCUGCAGGCCAGGAGAACUAUAAAAUACCAAGUGCAUUGUGUAACAUCACCCUUACCAGCAUCAAACUGAUCAUGUGGUCACAAGAUCCAGAGAGUUCACAUGUCAACAUAUCCUGCUACUAUACUGUGUAUGGCAUAGGAGAUAACACAACCUCACCUCAUUCUGACAAAGUCUCAGUAAAGGUCAGAGGUUUGGCUGCCAUGUCAUCUCUGUCACCGAUCACAGAGGACAGCCCAACUACAUUGAUCUCCAAUGGAAACUCUGAAGCUAUGUCAACAUAUCCUGCUACUGUGUAUGGCGUAGGAGAUAGCACAACCUCACCUCAUUCUGACAAAGUCUCAGUAAAGGUCAGAGGUUUGGCUGCCAUGUCAUCUCUGUCACCGAUCACAGAGGACAGCCCAACUACAUUGAUCUCCAAUGGAAACUCUGAAGGUUUAGUUUCCACGUCAUCUUUGUCACCGAUCACAGUUCAUGACAGCCCAACACUGAUCUCCAGUGGAAACUCUGAAGCAAAUUUGUCGAACGCAUCGACAACGGACACAACAUCAUUGGUUGUAACACCCAGUACUGAAAUCACAACAGAUCCGAUAACCAAUAUGUCCCAUGACAGCAGUUUAACAGUUCCUGCAAAUGCAUCCCUGGAAUCGACUUCACUUGCUGAAACUACAGAACCUGCGUCAGUUGAAAUCCUUGAAAUCAACUCAAAUAUAAAAAUGUUUUUCUCUAUUGCUGUGGUUGCGACUGCUGGAGGAAUUGUACUGACUGGACUCAUGGGCAUCGGUUUAUACGGAUGUACACGAAGGCCAAAGGAUGAGAGGAUUUGGAUUGAAAAAAAGAGUAAAAAGCAGGGAGUUACUUUACCAAUCACCGGUUCAGACUCAUCUGGUGAGGAGAAGAACGCAUUAUACUCAACCGUCAACUCAGCAGAGUCCACCGCUCAACCACCAGCAGGAAACAGUGAAGAAUCAAAGCAAACCGAGGUUGAACUGAAUCACUUGUAUGUCACCAUCGUCACUCAACCGUCCGUCGUCAGUGACAGCAAUGAUGUUUACAGUCUGCUGACGGCCCUCUGAAUCCAACUCUGCCCACUAAUUUAACUCAGUCUUAAUUUUAUACAUGAUUUAAUACUCCAUAGCAAAUGCAUUUUAAACUUCUGCUUUCUAAAGCAUAUAGCCUCUUAGCCUUUCAAAACUGUGUCAUUGGUCACAAAGUUCUAUCAAUCAAAAAACACAACAUGGAUAUGCAUCCCUUUACGCAAUAAUAAUGGCAUAAUUAUUAUACUAUUAUUGUGAAGUUCAGUUGUAUUGAUGUGCACAAGAGCCAUUGUUACACUCACAUUUUGUUCUUUUGCUUGACUCACCAUAAUGUUCAUAAUUUUAGCACCUAAUUUUUACUUUUACUCUUAAAAGAAAAUGUUUAUAGAAUCUUAAAGAGUUUUAUAUAUAGAAAUUUUUAGGGCUUCCCGAUUUUGUUUGAAUUCCCUUUUGGUUUUGAUUCAAUUUUAUGAAUUAAACAACCUGUUAAACCUUUUUGCCAUAAAUGGUUCUAUAGAAUAGAGUUACCUUUGUUCUAAGAGUGAGAUAUUUUUGCGUUUUUGUCUUUUUUUCUGUUCUUCAAAGUAAUAUCUGAAAUAUCCAAAUUUGUUUUGUUCAAAUGGUCUCAUGAGAAUUAUUUUUCAGAUAAAUGAGUCUCUUUUUAAUUGCUGAAUAAUCAUAUAAACAAGUGUUCUGUUCAUAGGAUCACAUGGGAUUUAAAAUACAAAAUUUGUUUAUAAAAAUUUGUACAAAAAGUUGUAUUGUUCUUUUGUUUGCUGUUGGUUAAGUAAUUAAUAAAGUAAAGAAGUACAGACA